AUGUCUUUAAGACCUGGCGACUACAGAAGACUAUGGAAAGAUACAGACAACCAACGCGUGAUUAUCCACGUGCGAGACGUCAACGACGAACCGCCCUAUUUCAUCAACAGACCCUUACCAAUGCAAGCCGUUGUUCAACUUAACGCACCCCCCAAUACGCCUGUUUUUACCCUACAGGCUCGCGACCCCGAUACGGACCACAAUAUUCACUAUUUCAUAGUGAGAGACAGAACUGGAGGAAGGUUUGAGGUUGAUGAACGGUCUGGCGUGGUAAGGACGCGAGGUACUGACCUCUUCCAACUGGAUAUGGAGUACGUUCUAUAUGUAAAAGCGGAAGAUCAAAACGGCCGAUUAGACGAAAGACGAUUUCAAAGUACUCCCGAAGAACGAUUGUCUAUUGUAGGUGGAAAGAGAGCUCCGCAAUUCUACAUGCCAAGUUAUGAAGCGGAAAUACCGGAAAACCAGAAAAAGGAUUCAGAUAUAAUAUCCGUGAAAGCAAAAUCAUUCGCUGAUAGAGAAAUCCGUUACACGUUAAAAGCCCAAGGACAAGGUGCUGGUACGUUCAAUAUAGGCCCUACUUCAGGUAUCGUCAAAUUAGCUAAAGAAUUGGACUUUGAGGAUUUACGUCAACCACAUGUAUAUUCUUUGGUUGUUACUGCUACUGAAGAUUCCGGAGGCUUUUCUACAUCUGUAGAACUAACAAUUAGAGUAACAGAUGUUAACGACAACGCCCCAAAGUUCGAACUACCCGAUUACCAAGCCCAUAACGUGGACGAAGAUCUACCACCGGGUACCAGCAUAUUAAAAGUGAAAGCAAUGGACGCUGAUAGCGGUACCAAUGCCGAAAUAGAAUAUUUAGUAUCGGACGAUCACUUCAGCGUCGAUCCAACUGGAAUUAUAUCGAACAACAAACAAUUAGACGCCGACAACAACAACGCUUACUACGAAUUCGUUGUUACCGCCAAAGAUAAAGGAGAACCGGCUAAAACAGGUACUGCUACCGUUCGAGUAUACACUAAGAAUAAAAACGACGAAGAACCAAAAUUUUCACAACAAGUUUAUACUCCGAACGUAGACGAAAACGCCGGACCGAAUACUCUGGUAACGACCGUAGUAGCUUCGGAUAAAGAUGGUGAUAAUGUUAGGUUCGGUUUUGUUGGUGGUGGUACCAGUUCAGGACAAUUCGUCAUAGAAGAAAUUACAGGGGUGAUUCGUCUGCAUAACAAAGCUAUUUCUUUGGACAGAGAUAAAUACGAACUGAACGUAACUGCCAUGGAUGAUGGCGCUUGUUGUCCUAAUGGAGAUACAACCAUCCACACCAGUACAGCUGUAGUUGUCGUAUUUAUAACUGACGUUAACGACAACAAACCUAUUUUUAAAGAUUGCGGUACUUAUUAUCCUAAAGUCGAAGAAGGAGCUCCUAACGGUUCUCCCGUUAUCAAAGUACACGCUACAGACGAAGAUAAAGGCGUUAACGGACAAGUUAAAUAUUCCAUAGUUCAGCAACCUAACCAGAAAGGCACCAAGUUCACUGUCGAUGAAGAAACUGGAGAAGUUUCCACUAAUAAAGUUUUCGAUAGGGAAGGAGACGAUGGAAAGUUUGUUUCGGUUACUAUAAAAGCGACAGAUCAAGGUGAACCGUCUUUGGAAGGUGUUUGUUCAUUUACCGUGGAAAUCACUGAUGUUAAUGAUAAUCCGCCGUUGUUUGAUCGACAGAAAUACGUGGAGAACGUGAAACAAGACGCGAGCAUAGGUACGAACAUAUUGCGUGUAUCAGCUUCAGAUGAAGACGCAGACAAUAAUGGUGCGAUCGUCUAUACUCUAAACGCAGGCUCUAACGCCGCUGAUCUAGAGUAUUUCGAGAUACAACCUGAAUCAGGUUGGAUAGUACUGAAGAAGCCUUUGGACCGAGACAGGUACCGACUGCGCGUACGCGCUUCCGAUCGAGGCAUCCCUCCAUCCUACGCGGACGUGGAUAUUGAAUUAGACGUCGUUGACAGAAACAAUAAGCCUCCACUAUGGGAUCAGCCUACGUACGGCCCCAUUCACAUCCGAGAAAAUGUCACAGUGGGUACAGUAGUGACUUCUGUCAAGGCAAGUUCCGGAAUAGAAAAUAAUCCGACAGUGUUUUAUCGACUAAUGCCGGGUUCUACAGCGCAAACCAACAAGUUUCACACGUUUUAUCUGCAACAACGACCCGAUAACGGUUUCACUUGGGCAGACAUCAAAGUUAAUCACCCUUUGGAUUACGAAACCAUUAAAGAGUAUAAUUUAACCAUACGUGUUGAGAAUAACGGCGCUCAACAAUUGGCCUCUGAAGCUACUGUCUACAUCCAACUGGAAGACGUGAACGAUGAAAUACCUUUGUUUACUGAACGAGAACAAGAAACUGUUCUAGAAGGUGAACCGAUUGGUACAAAAGUUACACAAGUAAACGCGAUCGAUAAGGACGGAACGUUCCCCAAUAAUCAAGUGUACUAUUAUAUAGUAGAUUCGCCGCGUAACGAAGGCAAAGACUUUUUCGAAAUCAACAAAGAAACCGGUGAAGUUUUUACGAAAAUAGUGUUCGAUAGGGAAAAACAAGGAGCAUACGCAUUGGAAAUCGAAGCGAGGGAUGGGGCACCAUCAGCUCGACCUAACAGCGACAAUGAACCCAAUUCAGAUCCCAGUAACUCUAAUUUCCCGUAUUAUCAACAAUCUCCUUUAGGUGCACCUGCAAUUGCACAACACCAUUUGCCGAAUUACAAACUUAUGUAG